AUCUCGCCGAUCGCAAAUUCGAGACCCAACCGCGCCCGUCCAAUCAAUAGUUUUUGGAGUCCCCAGUUUGGACUAAAUCAGUCGCGUAUCGAAAAGAGGACAAGUUUGCCGUUUGCAGGUACAAGAAAAAAAGGAAAAGGAAAAAGGAAAAGAACUUUAGAGCGCAAGUUCACGUUAACGAAAAAAAAACCAAAACCCGAUUCGAGCUCAGAUUCAAGAACUUCUACCUGCAAGGACAACACAUGAAGCCGGCCGGGCUGUCUUUGCGCGAUACAAGGACAAAAUGGCGAAGCCCGUGGGCGAGGAUAGUUGGUUAGCUUACGCCGACGAAGAGAGCCGUCACGCUACCGACCUCGAGGCACGUGUUAAGGUCGUCGAGCUCUUCAAGAGCGCCGUUUCCGCCGAACCGGGAAGCUUAAAGAUUUGGUUAUCCUAUUGCGAAUGGUUUUGGUCGCUCUUCACCGAUUGCCAAACAAGCGAGGCCGGAUGGCCCGAGGAGGAGAGGCAGCUGGGUCGCGAGCUUUUCUCUUUCGACGCCGCCCUCAGUCUUUGGAGCGAAGGAUACGAAGCUAUCAAGUACCGCAUCAACGACAGCCACGAGUUUUGGAACCGCUGGGUCUCGAUAGAGCUCGAGCAGCUGGCUAGAACUCGAACUCCCGUCGGCGUGAGGCGCAUAUCUCACCUCUUUCGCGAUAGGCUUCAGGUCCCUCACUCGACGUGGGAUAACACCUCGCAGAUGUUCUCUAGCUUUCUAAGCACGUAUAACAAUAUCGCUUACGAGUCCGAGUUCAAGGAGGUGACCGCUAGCGCGCAAGAAGCGAAGGCCGCCUACGAGUUGAGAGAGCCUUACGAGCUGAGGCUGAACAAGGCUGUGAAGUCAGGUGAUCAAGAGGCGCAGAAGGCCAUCAUGAAAGAAUACUUGGCUUGGGAGAUGCAACAGGUGAAGAAGACGAGGAACGUCUCUCUUUCCGUCUCGUUGUGCUUUGGGCUUUUUGCGAGGGCGUUGAGCGGCAUAUUCGCCUUUGACGAAGAGGUCUGGAGCGAUGCCGCCAUAUAUCUCCACGGAUUGCAACAGCAAGCUAGGACGUCGGCGCACCAGUUACCUCUCCCUAGCCUGCUUGAUUUUUACCAGCGAGCCACGUCUCAUUGUCCGUGGUCCGGCCCUCUUUGGUCUCGAUACAUCUUGACAGCCGAGGAGGCGGGUCUAUCUUUCCAUAAUGUGGAAUCGAUCAAGCACGCCGCCACGAGCACGAAGGAACUCGAUAAAAAUGGUAUGGCGAGCGUUCUGGACAUGUACACCGCGUGGUGCGGCUUUUUGAAGCGGACCGCUAUGGAUCCUAACGCCCCCGAAGAUGCCGCUGACGUUGCCGAGGUCGGACUGCUUGCUGCUUUGGAGGAUGUCGACCUAUGGGGCAGGCGUUUGUAUAAGGACGCGUACCAAGGGGAUCCUAACUAUAGGCUGCAGCGUAUUCUUAUCCAGUAUCUCACCGAGGUAAAAGGAGAGAUCGACGAAGCGCGAAGCUACUGGGACCGCAUGGCUAGCCAGUCCCUCCUGGCGAAUAAUUACGACUUUUGGGUCAAUUAUUAUCUUUGGGAGAUGAUGGUUUACGCAUCCAAACCGAAAACCCGAAGUCCUACUCCGGCUACUCCCGUAGGCGGCACCAAAAUCAUACGAGUUCCGGGCCUCGCUACCAACGUUUUGCAACGCGCCCUGGCGAGACCAAAGCUAGAUUGGCCCGAGCGAAUUAUGGAGAUCUACCUCCAACAUUGUAACGAUUUUGAGCGAGCAGAUACUCUCCAUCGCGCUCUCGACACGGUCGCUCAAGCUCGGCAAGAGGUUGCUAAGCGUCGCGAGCGAGAGAAAGCCGAGGCCGAGGCUGCUUACGCCUCUCACCUGCGGCAGGCCCAACAGCAGCAGCAGCAGCAGCAGCAGCAGCAGCAGCAGCAGCAGCAGCAGCAGCAGCAGCAGCAGCAGCAGCAGCAGCAGGGGGAGGAACAUGAGCAAGCGGCUACCGACUUGAAUGCCGCGGCGCCGGAAUCACCGUCCGGCUCUAAGAGGAAGCGGGAACCUACACCGGGUGACGUAUCUCAGGGUCUAAACAAAAGGGUGAAGAGCAUAGAGGUUGACGGCACAAAUAGCGCGGCUAACGAGCAGAUGCUAAAACGCGACCGAGAAAACACUUCGGUGAUGGUUACGAACCUACCCGCAAACGUGACGCAGACGGCUAUCCGUAAAUACUUCAGAGAAUACGGACACAUCAACACUCUCGACAUCUAUAGGGAGAAGGAUGGCGAGUCUACCUCCGCUCUGAUCGAAUUUCGAUCUACGGAGGAUGUGCAAUCUGCUCUCUUGCGAGACCAGAAGUUCUUCGAUCAAAAUCAGAUCAACGUCAAACCCGGUACAGGCUUAACUCUCUUUGUAUCAAACUAUCCUCCUACAGCGGAUGAGGAAUAUAUCCGUAAUCUCUUUAAAGAAUGUGGCGAGGUAUUCAGCGUGCGAUUCCCGUCGCUGAAGUUUAAUACUCACCGUCGCUUUUGUUACGUUUCUUUCAAAGACCAGGAAUCUGCUCGCAAGGCGACGUUAUUUGACGGGAAGCUCAUAGAAGGCAGAUUCAAGUUACAAUCGAAAUAUUCGGAUCCCACGCGUAAGAAGGACCGUGAAGGUGCCGUGGCAGAGGGUCGAGAGAUUCGUCUCAGAAAUGUAGACCCUUCGGCGGUCGAGGACGAUCUUCAAGAAAUGUGCGGAAAAUACGGCAACGUAACUCACGUGCGCAUCAUCAAGAAUAUCGCCGGCAGGAGCCUCGGCAUCGCCUAUGUUUCUUUCGAGACGAAGGAUGCGGCCGAGGAAGCUUUGGAGCUUGACAAGACCAAGUUCAAGUCUCAAGUUCUCUCAGUUGAGCCUACCAAGGAGACAAAUUUUAAACCUUUCGCCACGAGCAGACGAGAUAGACGCUCGGCGUCACCCGCCCCUAGCGGAGAUGGGGACGUAAAGAUGACGGACGGAUCUGGCGAACCCGGUAAGGAAAGUCGCAAUCCGACGCUUAAAGAGAUCAGGGAGCGUACGAUAGCCCUCAUGAACAUACCGGAUACCGUCAACGACGCGCGCGUCCGAGCUGUCGUCGAGAAACACGGUGAAAUUGUGAAGCUAAUCUUACGACCUGAUCAUCAAGGCGCUAUUGUCGAAUUUGCAGAUGUGGCCGCAGCCGGACGAGCUACAUUAGCUCUCGAAGGGUUCGAAAUUGCACCUGGACGUCGGUUACGCACGGGCACUAAGGAGGAGCUGUUCGAGCAGAAGAGCGAAAUAAGAGAGACCAAGUUCGUUACCGGAAAAGGUAAAUCCUCGACUACUAAGGGCGGCUUCAAGGACGCUGGGUUUAUACUCCCUCCUCAAAGCGUUCGAAGGCCGGUUCUCGGACGAGGCGGCCCGAAGCGAGGAUUAGGUUUUGUGGCGGCCAAAAAAGAUAACAGCAUGUCAAAUCAUCAGGCCUCAGAUACGAAUGGUACGGGAUCUGCCACGAAACCUAAGAGCAAUGCCGAUUUUAAGGCGAUGUUCCUCAAUUCUGGAAAGGGAGACGGCAACGCCGACAAGGAUGGACACGUCGGAGCCGCUCGAGCUAACGGGACAGGAUAAGUCCGAUAGUAGACGGUGCAUAAGAGCAUUUUGUGAAGCAUGCAUUCAACUAAAAGAAGGAGAGAGGAGAGAUAAUUACGGAUCAUGUUUAUUUUUAUGGCGCGGAAGUUGGAGCAAUAAUUAUUGU